GGGCCGCGGGACCCCUCCUUCCCGCCCUCCCUCUCUCUCUCUCCCAGCCGCGAUCUGGCCCCCGCAGCCCUGAGCCGGGAUCGGGUUGCUAACGCCGGCAGGAGGCGAGGAGGGCGCAGCUAGAGCAGAGCCUAAGGGGGUAGAAAGUGGUUGGAGGAUAGGGCGGAAGAUACCAGGGAGCAGAGGGUCCAUCAGUGCGGGCUGAGGGAGGGUCCCUCCAAGGAGGGAAGGAAGGGGAGAAAGGAAAAGGGAGAGGGGGUGAUACUGACCCGGGGCAGGGUAGGAGACCCGGCAAGGACAGGGUGUGAAACUGACCGGGGCCACCUGGCUGAACCAAGUAGGGCCACCUGACGGGGUUGACUGAGGGACGGUCAACUACAUUGCAGGCGGCCGCGGGGGAAACAGGUGAAUCCGGCCACUCACACCUCCGCGCCCCCAAUAUACACCCAUCCUCCCCACCGAGUCGACUGUAGCCAUGGACCCGGGCCCCGGCGGCCGCGGUGUCCCCUGUGUCCAGCGUCUGCCCCUCUGCACCUUGGCGCUGGCCCUGGUCGCUGUCGGCUGUAAUGUAGCCUCCGCCUUCAACCUGGACACCCGGUUCCUAGUGGUGAAGGAGGCCUCGAACCCUGGGAGCCUCUUCGGCUACUCGGUCGCCCUCCAUCGGCAGACUGAGCAGCAGCGGCGCUACCUACUCCUUGCUGGUGCUCCCCAGGAUCUUGCUUUACAUGACAGCCAAACCAACCGGACAGGUGCAGUGUACCUGUGCCCCCUCAGUGACCGAACAGAUGACUGCGAACGGAUGAACAUAGUGGAAAAAAGUGAUCCCAGGCAGCACAUUAUUGAGAACAUGUGGCUUGGGGUGACGGUGGCCAGCCAGGGACCUGCUGGCAGAGUGUUGGUCUGUGCCCAUCGCUACACCAAGGUGCUGUGGUCAGGAUCAGAGGACCAGCGGCGGAUGGUGGGCAAGUGUUACGUGCGGGGCAAUGAUCUACAGCUCGACCCCAGAGAUGACUGGCAGACGUACCACAAUGAGAUGUGCAACAGCAACACAGACUAUCUGGGCACAGGCAUGUGCCAGAUGGGUACCAGCGGGGGCUUUACCCACAACACUGUGUACUUUGGGGCACCUGGUGCCUACAACUGGAAAGGUACCACCUACAUGAUCCAGCGAAAAGACUGGGAUUUUUCAGAGCACAGUUUUACAGACAAAGAGGAUGUAGGACAUCUCUACAUAGGGUACACAGUACAGGUGGGGAAUGGGGUCUUGCACCCUGAGAGUCUCACCAUUGUAGCUGGUGCUCCCCGGGACCGCCAUUCAGGCUCUGUCUUCCUCAUGAACCUGGAGGCAGGUGGGGAAAUGCAGCUGAAACAAGUGUUAGAGGGGAAACAGGUGGGCGCCUACUUCGGCAGUGCCAUCGCUCUAGCAGACCUUAACAAUGAUGGGUGGCAGGAUAUCCUGGUGGGUGCCCCCUACUACUUUGAACGGAAGGAAGAGAUUGGUGGUGCCAUCUACAUUUUCAUGAAUCAAGGAGGCAUCUUCCCCACUAGCCCUUCUCAACACCUCUAUGGCCCAAGUGGCUCAACUUUUGGCUUCUCUGUGGCCAGCCUUGGGGACAUCAACCAGGACGGCUUCCAGGAUGUUGCAGUGGGUGCUCCAUUUGAGGGUUCUGGCAAAGUCUACAUCUACCACAGCAGUGCCUCAGGCCUCAAGGACCAACCUCAACAGGUGAUUCAUGGGGAUAAGCUUGGCACCCAUGGCCUGGCCACCUUUGGCUACUCGCUGAGUGGGCGGCUCGACGUGGAUGAGAACUCGUACCCCGACCUGCUGGUGGGGAGCCUGGCUGACCGCAUCGUGCUGUUGCGAGCCCGUCCAGUUAUCAACAUUCUCAACAAGACUCUGGCAGUGAGGCCGACCAUGCUGGAUCCUGCCCGCUGUACUUCCACCUCGUGCAUUCAGGUCGAGGUAUGCUUCGCCUACAACCAAAGUGCAGGGAAUCCAAACUACAGACGAAACAUCACCCUGGCAUAUACCCUGGAGGCAGAUCGAGAUAGACGCCCACCCCGAGUCCGGUUUGCUAAGAGUCUUUCUUCUACCUACCAUGGACUGUUUUCCAUGCCUGAAACACACUGCCAAACCCUUGAUCUGCUUCUGGUGGACAAUAUUCGGGACAAGCUCCGCCCCAUCUCCAUCUUCAUGAACUACUCUUUACCAGAAAAGCUUCCUAAGCACCCACGCCUUGGACUCCAUUCCCUGGAUGCCUUUCCUAUCCUUAAUGAGGCCCAGCCCAGAGAGAACCAAACAGAGAUUCAGUUCCAGAAGGAAUGUGGUACUGACAAUAAGUGUGAUAGUAACUUACAGCUUCAGGCUGCUUUCUUGUCUGAACAGCUACAGCCCAUCAAUAGACUUCAGUACAGUAAGGAGGUCCGAAAGCUGUUCCUGAACAUCAAUGUAACCAACAUGCCCAGCAGGGACCGAGCUGGAGAAGAUGCUCAUGAGGCUUUGCUCACCUUAGUUUUGCCUCCAGCCUUACUUUUCUCCUCUGUCCGCCCUGCUGGAGCUUGCCAGGCUAAUGAGACCAUCCUAUGUGAGCUGGGAAACCCUUUUAAAAGGAACCAGAAGAUGGAGCUGUUUAUUGCCUUUGAGGUCAUUGGUAUCACCCUACAGACUCGGGAUAUUGAGGCUCAGAUGCAGCUUUCCACGUCUAGUCACCAGGAUAACCUAAAGCCUGUGACUUUGAUGCUGCAGGUGGAUUAUACACUCCAGGCCUCUCUUGGCAUGGUGAAUCACCGACUACAGAGUUACUUUGGAGGAACAGUGAUGGGAGAGUCAGGCAUGAAAAAUGUCACUGAUGUGGGGAGCCCUAUCACCUUGGAAUUCCAGGUGGGCCCAGUGGAUGAGGGACUGACAUCUUUGGGAACUCUGGUCUUAGGGCUGGAAUGGCCCUAUGAAGUUAGUAAUGGCAAGUGGCUUCUGUAUCCCACCGAGAUUAUCAUCCAGGGCAAUGGAACCUGGCAUUGCCAGCCACCUGGGGACCUCAUCAAUCCUCUCAACCUCACAAUUUCUAAGGAUGAAGCCUCUUCCCAGAGACGCCGGCGAAGGGAGCUGGAUCCUGGAGAAUCACAGGCACCUCCUCCUAUCACCCUGGCCACUUCCAGGAAGGCAGAGUCAGAGACUGUGUUGUCAUGUGCCAAUGGUCGAGCUCGCUGUGUGUGGCUGGAGUGCCCGAUUCCUGAUGUCUCAGUGCCCUCCACCAUGACAGUGCAGGCACGAGUGUGGAAUAGCACCUUCAUCGAGGAUUACAGUGAUUUUGACAGAGUCAGGGUGGAUGGCUGGGCUACCCUUUUCCUCCAAACCAACAUCCUGACUAUCAAUAUGGAGAAUAAGACAACAUGGUUUUCUGUGGACAUUGACUCAGAACUGACAGAGGAGAUUCCUACAGAGAUUGAGCUCUGGCUGGUCCUGGUGUCUGUGGGAGCUGGGCUGUUACUGUUGGGGCUCAUCAUCCUUUUGCUUUGGAAGUGUGGCUUCUUCAAACGAGCUAGCACUCGAGCCCUGUAUGAAGCCAAAGGGCAAAAGGCGGAGAUGAAGAGCCAGCCUUCUGAGACGGAGAGGCUGACCGAUGACUACUGAGGGGAGACCCAUGCCUCCCCACCCCACACACACCCCGGUGUGACUUCUUCAAACGGACCCAUUAUUACCGGAUCAUGCCAAAGUACCAUGCUGUGCGGAUACGGGAGGAGGAGAGGUACCCACCCCC